AUGGAACAGUCAUCAAUAAUCUUAAGAAAAGGCUUCAUCAGUCAGUCACUUAGUCUGACCCCCAACCCAAUCAAUAGUUUCAGCUCAUCUGGAAUCAUCUACCAGUUGAGAUGUGAGGAGGCAGACACCUUCUCUACCUCUACCACAGUCUUUUCUGGGGUCCUCAUGUUCGAUCAUGCUGUAGGUUCCUCUGGGCUGCUGCUGCUGCAGAUGUUUUGCAGCCGUGGACCUGCUUGCUUGCUUUCCAGCUGCUUCACAUACAUACAUCAGUCUCACCUCUGUCCAGCUCUCUUUUUAUGUUUCUUCUCUCUCAACCUGAGGCAGUACCAGCAGAUAACUGUCCUGCAUGAGUCUGGUUACGCUCAUGGUUUCUGCCUGUUAAAAGGAAGUUCUUCCUCUCCACUGCAACUUGCUAAAUGCUGCAAAGUGUUGCAACCAUGUAGCUGA